UGACGCUCGCGGGCGGCGGCGGAGCGGCAUUUCCGGGUGCCAACCCAGACGCUCCCGGGCGAGACAGGCAUCAUGAGCAGCUCCGAGGAGGAGAAACAGUUGGAGCUUAUCAGCAGCCUAAAAGAUCAAGCUAUUGGUGAAUUUGAAGAUCUAAGAGCAAAAAAUAAGAAAACAAGAGAAGAGUGUGACAAAAUCAAACAGGAGAGAGAUGAAGCAGUCAAACAGUUGGAAGAGAUUCAAAAAAUUUCUCACAUGGUUAUUGAGGAAGUGAGCUGUAUACAGAGCCACCUUGAAAUUGAGAAAACAUGUCGUGAAAGUGCGGAAGCUCUGGCCACUAAGCUAAACAAAGAAAACAAGACUCUGAAAAGAAUCAGCAUGUUGUACAUGGCAAAACUGGGGCCAGAUAUAAUUACUGAAGAAAUAAACAUUGAUGAUGAAGAAUCAUCCACAGAUAUAGAAGGUAGUCCUGGAACAUGUGACUCUGUGCUGUGCCAGCAGAUGAAAAAAGGUCUGCGAGAUCAAAUUAUAUCUCUUCAGGAGGAAAAGAAGACCUUAGCCAUUGAGCUGGAAAACCUGAGGAGCAAAUUCGUAGAAGUAAAUAAGAUAAAGCAAGAAAAUGCAGUCCUAACAGCAGAAAUUCAGAAACAGCAAAAAGUGUUGGAAAAAUGUAACCAAAUGUCUGUACUAGCAGUAGAAGAAUAUGAAGAACUGCAAGUCAACUUUGAAUUGGAGAAAGAUCUGCGGAAGAGAGCAGAAACCUUUGCGCAAGAGAUGUUUAUUGAACAAAAGAAGUUGAAACGGCAAAGUCAGCUUCUCCUGCAAAAUGCUGGCCCCGAUGAACGGCUUUUGAAAGCUCUGGAUGAAAAUGCGAAGCUGAACCAAAUACUGGAGGAAGAGAGGCUGCAACAUCAGCAAAAGGUUGCAGAAUUGGAGAAACAAUUAGCUAAUGAAGUCUUGAAUAAAGAAAUCAAAUCUCUUAAACAACAGCUGGAACUUCUAGAAGAAGAUAAAAAAGAACUAGAAGAAAAAUACCAGAGUGCCGAAGAAAAAAUUAAAGACCUAAAGCAUUCAGUUGAUGAACUUCAAAAAAGAAUACACCAAUCAGAAAAUGUGAUACCACCCCCACCUCCACCGCCUCCACUUCCUCCUCCUCCUCCAAAUCCAAUAAGGUCGCUUAUGUCAAUGAUUCGUAAGAAGUCUCAUCCAAACAGCAGCAUGAUGAAGAAGGAAAAGGCAUCUCAGCAAGACUCAGCAGCAGGAGAAGUAUCAGAUCUGAAGAGACAAGCUGUAGAAGAAAUGAUGGACAGAAUUAAAAAGGGGGUUCACCUUAGACCUGUUAAUCAGACCAACCGUUCUAAGACAAAGCCAGAAGUACCCAAGCCCUCUGAGAGUGCAAUGAAAGAGUUAAAGGGAAUUCUGGAAACAAUGAAUACAUCUGCAAGUUCAAGGAGUCUAAAAUCACUUGAAACAGAGUGCAAUGAAACAGAAUUGGAAAGAAUUUUGCGGCGCAGAAAGGUGACAACUGAUCAAGAUAAUAGCAAUCCAACUGGAAUAUUGGCUUCUUCUGAAUCCAAAUCCAUGCCAGUGUUGGGUUCCAUUGAAACACAGACUGGAUUGAACAAGAAAACUCUAGUGGUGGAACUCAGUCCCAAAUCUUUGGGGGAUGAACAAUGUCAUAAAAUGGUUGAAAGCACAAGUUCUAACAUUCAAUCAUCAAACAACGUGAGGCUUAAAAAUAAGGUUGCUGGUACAGAGAAGCAAGCAGAAUCCAUGAUACUAUUGACUCCUGAGAAAACCAAAGAGCAAAUGCCUGAACGUCUGAAUCAAGACAAGGUGACUGAAGGAAGAGGUCAACAAUUUCAUAAAGAUGCUAGUGUUGAGAAAACAAAAGAGAUAGACAGCUCUCAUUGCUAAUUGAUAUGCUGAAAGGCAUUAAUUUCUGGAAGUUUGUUGCAGUGUCCGUAGUUUCGUUUAGGUGUACUGGGAAGGGCUAUAUUCUAUAAGGUUGUAUCCAUUGGGUAAUACUUAGAGUAGACCCACUGGAAUUAAUGGGCAUGACCAACUCAGGGCCAUUAGUUUCAGUGGGUCUACUUGGGAAAUAACCUUUAGUCUUUAAUCAUGUAUAUAUGAUUGUUUACUUAAAUUGUUAUAUGCAAUGCGAAGUCUCACACUGGACCUCUUCAUCCUGUUAUAGCAGAGAGAUUUUUUUACUAAAUUAUUCUAUUGCGUUUCUUUGUUAAAUAAUGCAAAACAUCAAAAUUUAUUUUGAUAACGGUGUAUUACAUUGAUAGGGCUUGACUGAAAAAUCUCUGACACUGAUUGAAAGGAUAGAUCAAGCCUUCAAUAGGUAAUCAAAGAAAUGUCCUUGAACUGAUGGGUGCAGCCACAAAAUCAGUUUUAGUAAAUGCAGGAUGAUCAUAUCUCACCUUAAUAAGCCAAGAUAUAUGCGAGCCUUUGGGGCAUCCAUGCUGUCCCUUCACGCAAGCAGUCUAGCCAACCAAUCAGGAAGUCUUCCCUUAAUUAUAGUUUCCAGUUUCAUCCAAACCAGGAAACUACGUUUAACAGCCUUGGAACAAGCCAGAAUAUUAAGCCGCAAUUGGAAGUUAGUUUGUUUGCUGGCUUGCUUAAUGGGGCUGUGCAUGCAGUCAGAAGGCUCAUCUGCAAUCAGCUGAGGACGUUUCAGAAAGGCGUAUGAAAAUUUUGGGUGCCACCUGGUUAUAAAGGUCUUUGCCUGCAGCCCUAUGCAUUCACUAGGUACUAAGUUCUAUUAAAAUCAGUAAAACUUACUUUUGAGUGCACAUGUUUAGAACUGCACUGUCAGUUAAUUGUAUCAUUUUUAAUAGAUCAGUGUUUGCAUAUAUUUGCAUAUGAGGAAAAGUAUACUGUCUUGGUUUUUAGGUUAUAUAUAAAUAUGUUUUAGCAGAGACCAUCACAGAAGAUGAUUCCCUCUUAAGUUUCAUAGGGAAUGCCAGCUGUGCUUUUCAUAAGUUCUAUACUAAAAUUAGUUAUUUUUAAAACAUGUUCUCCAGUUAACUAGGGCACAAUAUUUAAUCAAUUCACAGUGCAAUUCUAUGCAUGCAUGCCAAGAAGUAAUUCCCAUUGAAUUCAGUGCAGUGGACCUUACUCCUAGGUAGGUAACUACAGCCUAAAUCUUGCAGGCCUAAUGAAAAUGAGCAGGAGCUGUGUUUUUGCUCUUACGCAAUUUCCAUUUAUUUCAAAGAGGCUUGCACAGGAAAAGUCCCCAGUGGAUUUAUACCUACAUAGCUAAAAUGCAACAAACCAGCAUUAUUUCAUGUAAGGGCUAUUGUAUCCAUCUUACCCAUAACAUUUGUGCCUAGAUACUUUUGAAAAGCAGAAACUUCAUAGUUCUGCCUUGUCACAGGUUCUUGUCAGCAGUGUCUCCUUGAGUAGUGUUUUGGUGUUGGAAAGUUAAGUCACAGAAGCUGGAAAUAUCAGCCUGAUGCUUCCACAGCCAAAGUGAACUGGAAGCAUAUUCCCACUGGCUUCAUUAUGACACCCAUUGCUUUCAGUGUCACUGAAUUCCUCAUGGAAGAGAAGAUAAAUGAAGCCUAUUUCUUUUAAAAUAAACCAUCUAUUCAGACAUCAUAUUUAGCCCAGCUAGGUUUUGCUCAGCAUUUAAUAUAUAUUUCUUAAUCUCUCACCUAAGUCCCUUCAACUGAUUUUUUUUCAUGCUUCUAGCUUGAUAUUUAGCACCAAACAGGCAAUUAAUUUUGGUCCCAUUUUCACUACAGGCAGAAUUUGAAUUUCACUUUUAUAUUUUAAGAAAAUGGUUCCACCCGCACAUCUGCUGCUGAUUCUGUAUGCCAGCUUCUCCAUGCAGAGAGAUCUUAAUGUGCAGUAGUUCGCCAUGUGGACCAUAAUUUCUACAAGAACCAGCUGUCAGGAAUGUUUUGUGCCAUUUGAAGGCAGACAGCAUAGUGAGCUGAUAGAUGCAAAGCCCUGAUCAAAUAAAUGGAUGCAAUUUCAUGCAGCUUCUGUUGCCUUAGUUCUGGUCCCACCAAAUCUCCACAGAACAUCUAUCUUGAUGAAGGAAGAGAGAGAGAGACUUAGUUGGGGAGGCAGACUAAAGCAGCAUCCCAGUUCUAAGACAAGGAGGGCUGUCAGUCGUUUGGCCCUGCCUUCAGCAGCAUGUGGUACUUACAUGACAUAAGGCCCUUUGUGUAGUUGGCAGGACCUUGCUAAAAUUCUGGUAUCACUUAGAAAUCCAAAUCAUAGUUGCACACACAUAUUGAACAUUGUUAAGAAACCCAAAUUCAUAGCAUCUUUCAAUUCUUAUAGUUCAUAAUCCUAUAUCUCAAGAUUGUUCAAAUGCUGACUCCUGGCUAUCACAGUUGGUAGCUACACUUCUGUAAAUAUUUGUAUUCCGCUAACUGUCAUCUACAGUGGCAGCUGGUGGCUCCAUGUCAGUGGGGAAGUGGAAUCCACUCUUGAGUUUUAGUCCAAAGGUGCUAAAAGUUUGGACUAAAACCUGGAGCAGAUUCCACUUAGCCACUGACGUGGCACCACCAGCUGCCACUGCAGAUGACAGUUAGCGGAAUACAAAUAUUUACAGAACUAAGUGUAGCUACCAACUAGUUUGCCAGCUGCCUUGUACAUGAAGUCAAAUUAUUAAUGAAAGACAAAUCAUUAAUCAAUGUGUCAUAAAAUAUAUACCAUAGCUGCUGAACUGCUGUAAAACCCAACUAAAUAUUUCCCUCUAUAUUUGCCUCCAAUAAAAACAAGCUACUCUCUUUCAAGAUGGGCUUUGCCACUGUUGAUCACCUAGGCCCUGGGGCACUCCAGGCAAGGUAUUAAUGGAGCUAUAUGAGAUAACUAGGGGAACUGAAAACCUUGCAGUGAGUAUGAUUUCACCACCCAGAACACUCAAGUUUCUCCCAAGUGUUUAGACCCGAGUGUCCCCUCCACACAACUUAUGUUAACCAGCACUUUGCUCUGAUCAUGCAGACAUGGCCUCUUUCCUGUGAAAGCUAUGGGUAUCACAAAAUUGUGCAGUUGGUGUGGCAUUUUAAAGUAGCUGUAAUCUUCAUCAAUACCUGUGUUGCCUGUUAGAAAAGUGAUUAUGGCUGUGCUGCUUGUGGCAAGAGAAAAGCCUACAGUUUCUUGCAAACUCAGCUGUAUUUUAACAGUAUACCUCAAGUAUCUACUGUUUCCACAUAAGGGCUCAGCAUCUUUGUUCCUAUGUGCACUUGGUAGAAAUGUCUACUUUCAUCUGUGUUUCUAAUUUAGUAUCAACCAGGUGCAGCUACAACACACUUGUCCCUCUGCUCCAAUAUAUAGAGCUUGCACCUACUUCAUUACUUAGCAUAACUCAGUAAUGGCAUCUCUAGUCACAUCUGGAACACUGCCCCCAGCUCUCAUCAGUGCUCCUUUAAUAGAACUUUGGUUGCUAAUUGUCUGGGGUUUCCCUUAUAGUUGUAUGAAUGCUAUGCACGUUUCUGAUUUCUGUAGCACUAUUUUCUGCUGAUCAGAAAUUAGUACACCUGACAAUUUUGCUGCAACUCUUGAGAAAUGGUGCCAUCUUUCCCCAACUGGUAUUUCAACUAAACAUUCAGUCUACCAGCAUUUCAUAUCUUGCUUGUUGUGUCAGGCUGUGCCCAGAACACGGCCAAAAUUCUCCAGCAAUACAAGAAAUAUUUUCGUUCCAGAUGGCAAGCCUGAUGCACAUGUGUACAGACUGGAAUAUUUUUUUUAAAAAAAUAACCACAUUGAAUGUGGAUGACUGUACAGAAAGGCCACUGCACAAGUGCCUCCUCACAUGUAGGGGAUGUAAGCAAUCGGGAUAGCCACGCAGCCAGGUGUCCCAUAUGUGCUAAGCCCUCACACACAAGGAGGUGCUUGGCCUUGUACAGAUAACUGCACUCAACAGUUAUUACAAAAAUGGCUCCAGUUUGAACUCAAGUAUGCCUUACAUGUAACACACGCAUAGUGCUGCAGCCAGCUGUGAUUGUGCUGAAUCAAAUCUUGUCUUGAGUUGAACUUAUCAUGUGGCUCCAUAUUUAAUACAUGUAAAUAUAGAUGUCUAGAUCAAGUAUAGGUAGCAGUGUUUCUGUAAUGUACUGUUUAAAAUAUGUAACAGCAGAGUUGUAGUAUCUCCACAUGGAGACCACCAAAAUUAGUUUCUUCAUAGCAUCCCUCCAGUGGGGAGAUUAGUGUUUAUGUGUGUGCUGGCUGAAGAAUAUCCACUUGCAAACCAGCAGGUAAAUGGAACACAAAGCACUGGUAUAAAAACUUUGUACAAUCAGGUUCCUGCUUACAGGAAGCGGCAUCCAUGUUUCACCACCACAUAGAACACUGUCAUGCAUUCAGCAGUCUGCAUCUGGAAGCUGUGUAACAUAAUAAAUAGCUUGGAGUUCUUGCAGAUAUUUGAUUUGUGCCAGCAGAAACCUCUCUUGAAACUAUGAGAGGUGGGCUCAUAAUGGCAGAGCACUUUGAGAACCAACCUGCAUGUAAUUCUAUGAUGAAUCAACUUCAGGUCCAUAUCUUUUUUGCUAUUAUUGUAAAAUGAUACCUGUAAGCAACAGUCUGUCAAAACAGUUUUUUAUGUUUAAUAAAACCCCAAACUCAGGGUAAAAUAGCUUACAUAGCACAUUUGGCCGCUGUUCAUUUCCCCAGUGAAGACUGUGGCAAAUAUACUUUUUAUUAGCUUGCCUGCAAAUCCAGUUUCAAAAACCAGCAUGCUUUUACGCUACAAUGAACAGGUGUGAUCAGGAUUUUGUUUUUCUAAAACUCAUGAGCAAUUUAACAUUUGUUUGAAAUUAGGGAAUAACAAUCUUGAAUGCAUUGUAAGAUUUUUUAUGAUAGAAGACAGUGAUCAGUACUUAGGAUUUAAGGAUGAACGUGCUUGGUUUGUUAGCUUGGCUUCGUAGUAGUUAUUCAAUGUUUACUCCCUAAAAAGCAAGCCCAUUAAAGCUGUAAUCCUACACAUAUUUUCCUGGGAAUAAGCCCCACUGACUUCUUAGUCAUGGUCAGUCUUACUGUUAAGCCAUGUGAGGCAGCCAUCUCUAGCAGCAGAUUUUGGGUGUCAUGAAAGGACAGCAAAUUGUUAUUUAUUGUUACUGUAUUUUUACUCACAGGAAGAAGCAGUUAGGGGAUUUUCUGCCCCGGUGUCAAAAUACCUUGACCAUCCUAAGGCAUUGUACACCAUAACCAGAGGUGGGGGUGCAUCCUUUGCUUGCACUGCCUUAGGCAGCAAAGUGUCUUGGUCUAGGCCUAUUCUGAGUAGAUACACAUAGGAUUGCAGUGUUAGUGUGGUAGCUGUGUGUGUAAAAAAAUUGCAUGUUUGUUAAGCAAAUAUUCAGAGUGAUCUAAUCCAUCACCUAAUGAUUUCAUAAAUGUGGGGAAACAUACUCAUUUGUUUUUCAUGAACCUGGCCUUACUUUUUUUCCUACUAACUAAUUUUGCACUUAGUUAUCAGUUUGACUACAAUGAAUUUCGUAUGACAAUUUCUAAAUGUAUUUUUCCUUGAAUUGUUACAGCAGAGUAUACAAAAAAAUCAAAA